AUGAAUCAGAUUCUAAUAGCAAAAUUAUUGAUGAAAAGACAUUUUCCAAGGAAUCAGCCCUACUUUGCUCGUCAUUAUGCCAGCAACCAACCAUUUCAAUAUGGAGAUGGCACUUCCAUUAAAGUACAUUUAAAUUACAAUUUGAUUUUGAAAAAAAUGGAAGAAUUUAAACAAGAAAAAUCUGGCAUCACAUUACCACAUCAUUCAACAUGGCUAAAUGGUGCUGUCUUGUUCAAUAUUUAUUCCUUUCUACCACUGCAUGAGGUUUUAACUUUCCGAUUGGUCAAUCAAGCAAUUUCUGAAGAAUUGCACAUUUCAUCUUCAUCCACCGAUCCAUUAUUCUUCAUGAAUAGAUUAUCAAAAAUCAAGAUAGAUCUAGAGGAUAAAAGUUGUGAAUUUUUUCAUGGUUGCCUAUUGAAAAUCAAUGCCGAAAUUAGAAAUUGCAUGAUUUGUACUAAUGAUGAUUCGUAUUUUGAUUAUUUGUUUGAAAAUGAUGAACAUUUUGCAGAGUUCUUCGUUAUUAUGGAAAAUUGCGACUUGUUCAAGAGUGGAAGAGUUUCGUUUAAUUCAUUUAUUGGUGGAAUUUUUUCACAAGCUCAGGGAGGAAGAGCAGAGUUGAAGAUUUUGAAAAAAUCAAAUCAACAAGAGAAUGAUAUUAGGGAAUUUAUGAUAUUUUCUCAACAUUUUGUUUAUGGACCGAAUACUAGAACCUAUAAUCUGGAGAGAUUUUAUGAAUUGACGGUGAGAGAUUCGAAUAAUGAAGAGAAGAUUCUAGUUCAAUAUCAAAACAAUUACCAUUCUUAUGAAGCUAUUGGAAAAAUUGACUCUGAAGCCAUUACGGAAGUAAUGAAAGAGUUGGAUAUUCCUAUCAUGUGGAAUUGGGAAGAUUUCCUCAAUUUUUUAAUGAUUUGUGCUGGCUCCAAAACAUAUAACUGUCUGGCACCGUUUGCUAACAAUAAUAGUAAUGUCAUGGAGAGUAUGAUUAAGGAAUUGGGAUCCAUAGAAGAAAUAUCAUAUGAAGAGGACGAAGAGGAUGAUAAUAGAUUGAAAUCUGAAUCAGAUACUGUAAAGGAAGGAUUGAAAUAUUUAGAGGAGGAAAUUCUAACUCCAAUUAUUCAAUCUGAUUUGAGACACUCUCAACGAAUGGAAUAUUUCCAUUACAUUAGGAGGGAAAUCCUUAAACACUCGGCAAGAAAAUCUCAGAAUUUGUUCUCGUUCGAUUCAGUGAUUCAAUCGCCAAGUUACGACAUUUCCAUCAAUGAAUUCAUCUUCCAAGCUCAAGUAUUUCACACUUCAUGA